CCCUCCAUGGUGAGAAUAUAAGUUAGAGUCACAGGUUCCAGGGCCUCAGCAGAAUCAGCGCUACAGCAGGUUCAGGUCCUCACAUCCCAGCAGCAGGAUGGACAACGCUACAUACAGCUAUUCGUCUGACUGCACUCCACUCACAAACUGCAAGUCCUCACGCAAGCCGGUCGGCUCCACGGUGGUGAACAUGGGCCCUGUGACCAAAAAACCUCUCAAUGACUACCUGGUCUGGUCCCUCUGCAACACCUUGUACGUCAAUUUCUGCUGCCUUGGCUUCAUGGCCCUUAUUUAUUCCAUCAAGGCCCGAGACCAGAAGACCCUGGGAGACAUGCGUGCUGCUCAGGAGUGCUCAGACAAGGCGAAGUGGUACAAUAUCCUGGCAUCUGGCUGGAACCUUCUGGUGCCGCUGCUUUUCCUUGGGCUUCUUGGACUGCUUCUCGUCCACCUUGGCAGCUUACAGGGUAGUUUCGACUUCUUUGGUGAAGACGGCUACCAGAAUUUCAUGAAGCUCUUUGGCAGGUAGACAGCAAAGGAAACAACUGGCAAAAAAAAAAAACACUCCCACCAAUGAACAAUAGCUAUCCAUGGACUUAUGACCCUCUGUGACUCAUAAAACCUUUUUUUUAUCUUCUUACUAGUGAGUUAUUGUAUUAUUGUUUUUAUUAUUAAGAAUUUGUUUUCAGAUUCUUGUCUGGUAAA